UUAAUGACAACUUUAAAGUAUAAACGAUGGUUGUAAUAUAAAAUAAUAAAAGCUUUAAUUAAGCCAACAUAUAUGUUACCCAGUCUUUUAAUGGGGUACGUAGUCCAAGACUCCAAGCAGCGAAGAAGCACCUAAAACCUAGCAGGACUUAUUACUAAACAUCAUUAUUCUAUCCAAUCUGCGCUCCAAUUUUAUCCAAUCCGUGCUCCAAGGAAGUUAAGAUCGUAAAUUUUUGCCGACUUCCUGGCAACUCGCGCUUUAACGCGCCGGAGCGGGAGCGGCAAACUCACUACUACAAAUUAGGUAAGCUAAGUAUCAACCGUCUAAACACCCAAGGCAAACCUUUAAUUGAGGAAACGGUAAUAGAUAAAGAAGAUUAGAGUUGUGUGCCUUAGGAUUAAUAUUGUAGGAGCUGCCACAGGGGAUCUACCUAGACUCGUGAACAGUAACCCGAUACUUAUUAAUUGGAAAUGACUACAAUUUCGUAAGGAAUAGUAAAUAUAAUUAAGAGCUAACUUGCGCUAUUAAUUAUAUAUAUAUAUAUAUAAUAAUAUAAUAAUUAGCACGGCGUCCGGUCGUUUAGUUUCUUUGAUUGUAAUUUUACUUCGAGGUUGUACAACAGGGCUGCCUAUUUAGUGGCUACUAAUGUCCUUUCAUCGAUAGUUCGACUGCUUGUCGACUGUCGCGUUUGGUUAUCAGGUAUCCUGUAUCUAGGGCUGCAAAUGAGCCAAGCCGCUCGCGAGCAACUCGGUGUUCGAAUCGGAAAACUCGUUCGACACUCGACUCGUUGUUUAACAAGUCGGCUCGCGAGCCGGCUCGUUAAUAACCGAGCCAAGCUUGAGCCAGGCCAUGCUCGGCUUGAUAAGCUCGUGAGCUAGCUUGACUCGGUGGCUUGUUGAGCUAAGCUCGCGAGGUGCCUUAUUUAAAGCAUUAAUUACUCUUCUAAACAUAAAAAUUAUCUUGUUAAUAAGGAUGUAUGUGGAAGUUAGAUGUUAUUUUUAGUUUCUUGUGUUCUUUUUAUCAUUUUUAAUUUCUAAUGUUCUUAUUUGUACACAUUUUUCAGCAAGAAUGGUUUCAAAUCGAGCUUAUCUUGAGCAGAGCUUGUUCUCGGCUUGACAAGCUGUGUUAAUGAGCAUUUACAGAGCUCUAUCAAGCGAGCUCGGGCUGGAUUAUUUUUAAACGAGUCGAACUCGAGCUCGAGCUGCAUGAUCGAGCUAAAAAUUUUAUAAACGAGCAGAGCUCAACCUAAGCAAAAACUCGACUCGGCUCGUUUGCAGCCCCUGGAAAACAAAAACAAAAAAGUCCCACAAAAACAGAAAAGGGCCGAGGUUUUUCAAAAUUUUGGAUAUUUUCGAAAAAGUCAUCCCUUAUCUGGGGAAUGAAUGAAAAGAUCCGAUUCAAAUUAAACAUACGACAGACACGAACGAAACAAUCUCAGUCCUUCGUUGCACACUCAACGCUCCCCCUUCCCAUCUACCUCUUUAGACUAGACUCUAUCUAACCCACACAAUCAACCAAACUCAGAAUCUCUGCACUGCAAAAUGGACAGAAGGGCAGCUGGGAGAAACCCACACGCAUCGACCGCCGAUCUCCUCACCUGGUCGGAGGUUCCUCACUCCGAUCCCCCGGCGACCACUCCCUCCGCUACCCGCUCCUCCCACCAGCCGUCGGAUAAAAUCAGCAAGGUGGUGUUCGGAGGUCAGGUCACCGACGAGGAAGCUCAGUCUCUCUCCAGCACGAAGCCAUGUUCAGGGUAUAAGCUUAAGGAGAUGACUGGAAGUCGCAUUUUUGGAGCUGAAGGUACACCUGAUGAUGCGUCUGAAACAAAUCCUGCUAACCCUAAUGGUAGAACCACAGUUCGUAUUGUUCAGCAAGCCGCGAAUGGGAUUAGCCAAAUCUCGUUCAGCACGGAGGAGACGGUCUCUCCCAAGAAGCCUAAUUCUAUAGCUGAAGUGGCUAAGCAACGCGAGCUGAGUGGAACUCUACAAACUGAUUCCGAUUCGAAGAACAAGAAGCAGAUAUCGAAUGCGAAAAUCAAGGAGAUCAGUGGACAUGAUAUCUUUGCCCCUCCCCAAGAACCAGCUCCUCGAUCUGUGCACGUUGCACGCUCACUGGAGUCCAGGGAGAACAACAAGGACAGUGGUGAACCUGCUCCACGGAGCAUUCGUACUUCUGUCAAAGUGUCAAAUCCUGCUGGUGGGCAGAGCAAUAUCCUAUUUGGUGACGACCCAGUGGUGAAGACAGCAAAGAAGAUACACAACCAGAAGUUUCAGGAGCUAACAGGAAACAACAUAUUCAAGGGAGAUGUUCCACCUGGAUCAGCUGAGAAGACACUAAGCACAGCCAAACUUAGAGAGAUCAGCGGCAACAACAUCUUUGCUGAUGGAAAGUCAGAAUCCAGGGACUACUUUGGUGGCGUUCGCAAACCCCCAGGCGGAGAGAGCAGCAUUUCACUCAUAUAGACCGCUGCUAAAUGUUCCAUUCCAUCACCAGUUACUACGUACUCUGAUGAAGAUCAAAUGUCAUGCACCUGCACUGGAGCUCCAGACCCAGAAUAUGCUCUUAGCUUAGUUUAGUUUCUGGGAUUCCAUGGUCUAUGGUGUCGCUUUCACUUUCCACUUUCCACUUUUUUGCCCUUAUUCACCAUCUUAACUUAACUAUGUAUGGCAUAAAGUGCUGGAUUUCACAGGCUUGUGGAGUUAUCUUUGUAGUACUACUCUGCAAAGGGCAAAACUUGAGACUGUUUGUAUUUCGCUUAAGGGCUAUCCUUAACAAUGUAUGGUUGUUGUUUUUUUUUUUUGGUAGCCUGAUGAAUGAAGGAGUAUUCUUCAUCUGAGGAAGUAGGAACAGCCCCUGAAAUAAAAGAAUAUCAGAAAA